AUGAAGAUGAGCAAAACAACCAUGGAAGAUUCCAAGAAGAAAAUGCCAUGCAGAAGGCUUGGAGGGUUUCUCAGAGAACAAAAAGGAAGACUAUAUAUUAUUAGGAGAUGUGUAGUCAUGCUUCUAUGCUGGCAUGACUAGA